AUGGAUGGAUGGAUCGGAGGAAGCGCGGGAAAGUGCGCGCUGAGCGCGAGCGCGGGAAGUGCGCGGAAGGUGCGGAAGGUCGCGGGAAAGUCGCGCCCACCUGUGGAUAGGGAUGAGGUCGAUGUAGAAAUCAGGGAAUACGAGCCUGUAGAGAUAUCACUCUCUACACCUUUACUUAUCAUUGUCGGUCUUGGCCAGAUCUCAGUGAUCUCACAUAUCCCACUCCAAAUCAACGACAAUGUCUCGCGACCUACCAUUGGCCGACAGGGCAUGUCGCGGUUUACCUUAGUCCACACUGUUGAAGUAUUCCGUCUUUGCUGGUGUUCGCAACUUUCUACCAAAGCCACUCGUGACACCUCGCUGCAAGCUCUUCCUUCUUGCGCCACCAUUCCCCUUUGUACCGCAGUAUAUCCACCCUCGAAACCAAGAUCCUCAGACCAUAAACGACUCGCUGAGAUGAUGCAUAAUCUGAUGGAGAUCUCCCUCGCCCCAAGUGUUCCGGCUUCCCUUCGCGUUAUCCUGAGCAAGUACAAUAUCAUCAUCCGCCUCUGGACACACGCAUUCCAUAAACUCCUCGAGGCCUUGAGACGUGCCUCGUUUUCCUUGCCCCUAGCUCUUGAACACCUUCAAGAUUUUAUAUAUUAUGCCUACACCUUCUACACCAGGCUUCUUGAGGAGCCCACCCUGUGCUCGUUCCGACCCGGCUGGCUCGAAGCUCUUGGCGAUCUUGCGUGCUAUCGUAUGACCGUGGCCGCAAUGGUUACCAACAAUCAAUUGAAAGGCUCGGCGCUAACCACAGAUGCUGUUUCCAAAGCGGCCGCGGCAUCCGCUGAUGGCAAACCUGUGACAGCCAAGAGCAAGUCGCAGAUGAGCGUCAAAUCAUCUUCUGAUUGUCCCGCUGCGCAGGUUGAUGACUCGCCGAGUCCGAGCAUUGGCGUUGUUGCCGCACGUAUGAUGGAUGUUGAGCCAGAGAAGCAACUCUUGCAUGGUCUGUCGUAG